AUGCCUCUCUUCAGGACGGCGCUGCGAGUCUCCAACCGCUCCCUACUGGUCUUCAUCUUCUUCUUCUCCUUUUCUUCCUCUUGCCUUUAUUUCAUCUAUGUGGCUCCCGGCAUGGCAAAUACAUAUUUAUUUAUGGUACAAGCACGAGGUAUAAUGCUGAAAGAAAAUGUAAAAACAAUAGGACAUAUGAUCAGACUGUACACUAAUAAAAAUGGUACAAUAAAUGGCACAGAUUAUCCUGAAGGCAACAGUACAAGUGAUAGUAUUUCUCAGACAGCAACGUAUCUUCCAGAAAACUUCACUUAUUCUCCUUCUCAAUCUUGUCCAGAAAAAUUGCCCUCCAUGAGAGGCUUUAUUGAAGCAAAUAUGAGUGAAAUUAGUUUGGAAGAAAUUCAACAGAUGUUUUCUAAAGAUUUAGACAUUGAACCAGGUGGUCACUGGAAGCCAAAAGACUGUAAACCACGUUGGAAGGUUGCAAUACUCAUCCCUUUUCGCAAUCGUCAUGAACACCUUCCUAUAUUUUUUCGACAUUUAAUACCAGUGCUGCAGAAGCAGAGGCUAGAAUUUGCUUUCUAUGUUGUUGAACAGGUAGGAACACAGCCUUUUAACCGAGCAAUGCUGUUUAAUAUUGGCUUCAAAGAAGCUAUGAAGGACAAUGAUUGGGACUGUGUAAUCUUCCAUGAUGUGGAUCAUUUACUCGAAAAUGAUAGAAAUUAUUAUGGAUGUGGUGAAAUGCCACGUCACUUUGCUGCAAAAUUGGAUAAAUAUAUGUACAUACUUCCAUACAAUGAAUUUUUUGGUGGUGUAAGUGGACUAACAGUAGAACAAUUCAAAAAAAUCAAUGGAUUUCCAAAUGCUUUUUGGGGAUGGGGAGGAGAAGAUGAUGACCUUUGGAACAGAGUCCAUUCUGUAGGAUUUAAUGUGACAAGACCAGAAGGAGAACUUGGGAAAUAUAAGUCAAUUCCUCAUCACCACAGAGGAGAAGUUCAGUUUUUAGGACGAUACAAACUAUUAAGAUAUUCCCGAGAGCGUCAGUUUAUUGAUGGUUUAAAUAAUCUAGUAUAUAUGCCAUCUAUAUUUGCCAAUAAACUGUACACUAAUAUCACUGUAAACCUGGUGCCAGAACUAGCUCCUGUUCAAGAUUAUUGA